GAUGGCCUUCUCCUUCAGGGUUAUUCAGAUUUCAUAAACAGGAUCCACAGUCAAAUUCCUCAGAUAACUUCAGAUGGAAAGAGACUUCAGGUGAUUGUGUGCUCUGCAACACUACACUCUUUUGAUGUAAAAAAACUGUCUGAAAAGAUCAUGCAUUUUCCCACCUGGGUUGAUUUGAAAGGAGAAGAUUCUGUCCCUGAAACUGUACACCAUGUAGUUGUGCCUGUAAACCCAAAAGCUGACAAACUCUGGGAAAGGCUUGGCAAGAAUCAUAUCAGAACUGAUGAAGUACAUGCAAAAGACAAUACACGACCUGGUGCUAACACUCCAGAAAUGUGGUCUGAAGCUAUUAAAAUUCUGAAAGGAGAAUACACCGUUCGGGCAAUCAAGGAACACAAGAUGGACCAAGCCAUUAUCUUCUGCAGGACUAAAAUAGAUUGUGAUAAUAUGGAGCAGUACUUCAUCCAACAGGGUGGAGGCCCUGAUAGGAAGGGACAUCAGUUCUCAUGUGUCUGUCUGCAUGGUGACAGAAAACCUCAAGAAAGAAAGCAAAACCUGGAAAGAUUUAAGAGAGGAGAUGUCCGUUUCUUGAUCUGCACAGAUGUUGCUGCUAGAGGAAUUGAUAUCCAUGGUGUUCCGUAUGUUAUUAACGUGACACUCCCUGAUGAAAAGCAGAACUAUGUUCAUCGAAUUGGGAGAGUUGGCAGAGCUGAGAGGAUGGGUUUGGCAAUCUCCCUUGUGGCAAAAGAGAAAGAAAAGGUUUGGUAUCAUGUGUGCAGUAGUCGUGGAAAAGGGUGUUACAACACUAGACUGAAGGAAGAAGGAGGCUGUACCAUAUGGUACAAUGAGAUGCAGCUGCUGGGGGAGAUUGAAGAACACUUAAACUGCACUAUUGCCCAAGUUGAACCAGACAUAAAAGUACCAGUAGAUGAUUUUGAUGGGAAAGUUACAUAUGGACAAAAAAGAGCUCUGGGUGGUGGACUGUAUAAAGGCCACGUGGAUAUUCUGGCACCUACAGUACAAGAGUUGGCUGCCCUUGAAAAGGAGGCUCAGACAUCUUUCUUGCAUCUUGGCUAUCUUCCUAACCAGCUGUUCAGAACAUUCUGAUCAUGCCACACUUGAGACAAGCCUUGAGUUAAUAAACGCUCUGCCCUGCAAAUACAAAAAUCCCAUACUGUUUCUGAGUAGCAGUAGUUUGAAAAGGAUUAAAAUUAAAUGAACUCCUUGCAUGAUGAACGGUGUGUUCAGCAUUGUUAACUCUGUGUUAGCUGUUAUUGAGAAAAUAAAACAAGUCAAAGAU